AGCAUAGAAGUGUAGAAGAGAAAAAGCAGAGAAUAAAAAGAGACCGGAUGUUGACAAAUUUCAUGUCACUGUUCUUAGAAGGUCGUUUGUUUGUGUAAAGAUUUUCUUAUCUGGGAUCUCUCUCUCUCUCUCUCUUCUCUCUUACUCUAGCAUAAAUAAAAAUAUUAUCUUUCUCUCUCUAAAAUAAAAACUAUAUUCUUUCUUUUUUUUUUUUCUCCUUUUUGUUGUUGAGAGAGGAGAGAGAGAGAGAGAGAGAGGGAGUGGCCCAGCAGAUCGAAAUCUCCUUCUUUUGUUCAAUUCUGGAGACGAUCUAAGUUCCUUUAAUGGAGUUUCAAUAACACCCACUUUGUUGUUCUUUGUUUUUCCAGCUUUAUUUUUCUGUGUGUUUUUGAUAGUGCCAGUCUUUAGGACUCCUUUGAAUUUUUUUUCCUAUGAUGGGGAGGCGACUGUUGAAUAAUUGAAUCCAUUUGGAGGAUUCUUCAGGAGAAGAGAUAAGAGGAUGUGGGUCUGAGGAAUGGGAACAAAAGUACAGCGUGAAAGCUGCUUCCCAGGAUAUUUCUCAAUGACGGAUCUUAAUGAGGAUUCUAAUAGUUGUAGCUGGCCUCUAUGCUAUGGAGAUAGAGCAUUCACAAAUGGGCAGUACUAUAAUGGAUUCUUGCCAAGGGCCAUCACUGAUGUAUAUCCAGGAUAUGACAAGGAUGUAGUAAAGCAGAAAAUGCUGGAGCAUGAGGCCAUAUUUAAGAUGCAGCUGUGUGAACUUCACCGCCUAUACAGAAUACAGAGGGACUUAAUGGAUGAAGUUAAAAGGAAAGAAUUAUAUAAAAAUCAGAUGCCUAUUGAAACUUCGUUGUCAUCAAUCCCCUUAACAUCUCAAAUUACAUCUGAAGAAACUCGGAAAUGGCAUAUCCCUGGCUUCCCAUUGGGAAACUCUGUUUGUGCCGGACCAUCUACCUCAGGCAUUGAAGACGUGCAUCCUCCACUGAGUUCUAUGAAAGGAAGCAGUGCACAAGCUAGUCCCUUGCUAUCUCAAAAUGGAGGUACUUUGAAAGAUGCAGAGAUACUGGAAUCCAGGCCCACGAAGGUGAGGAGAAAGAUGUUUGAUCUUCAACUUCCAGCUAAUGAAUACAUAGACACUGAAGAAGGAGAACAACUGAGGGAUGAAAAUGUAUGUGGUAUUUCUAGUUAUCUGCCAAAUAGGAAUCAUAAAGUUGCAGCUGGGAGUGGAAUAAAUGUGCUUGUUGGCACUGGUGGGAAGAAUAAUUGCCAAGGAGAUGAAUUUCAAUAUGAAUCAUGUUUAAAAAGAAAAAAAAAUAACUUGGCCGACUUGAAUGAGCCUAUUCUGGUUGAGGGUACAAAUGAAUCUGCAAAUAAUCGUCUAGGCUUUACUUCCUUCCAUUGUGAGAUUCAAGGGCAUGAACUGGCUGCUAAACCAAAAUCACAGUUUAUUGGUUUGCCCAAAGAAAUUUUACUGAACUCUCAUCAUGGGGGCGGUAAUGACACUGCCAAUGAUCUGCAUUUACAGAAUAAUGUGAAUGGAAAACUGUGGUUUCCCCAUAUGCUUGACUCAGGGAAUAGUAAAUACAACCUGAAGUCUGUUUCUCUAGGUCUUCAGCCAGAAAAGUUGCCUCCAUCUUCCCAGCCAAUACAAGUUCUUUUAAACAAAACUAAUGAACCUGCAACUCUUUUUCAUACUGUUCAAAGCAAGGUAGAUCAGUUGAGAGAAAGAACAGGUCAUGGUUUAGAACUCUCUGGAAGAAAUAAUGAGGUCUCUAAUAAUAACCAUCCAGUUUCAGUUGCUUCCCAUAUACCCAGUCAAUAUGCAAUUGAUCCUUCUUCUGAUUUGAGCAACUUGUGGUCUCGGUCUAUUUCAUCUUGGGAAAAGCCAAGUGGUAGCUUAAGUCAGAAGUCAAUGUCAGUUCAAAUGCACCCAUAUUUCAACUCAUCUGCGACCUUGAGUAGUAUUUCUCAGUCAUCAACACAAACUCAUGGUGUUUUUGGAGACCGGUGGAAUUAUAACAGCAGUUCUGCAUCUAACCUGAGAAUUGGAAGUGAAUUGCCUGCUCAAAAUGGAUUUUACCAUGGGUCCUCAUCAGGGUCCAAGGAGCUACUGGUCCGCUUUCCUUCAGGCAACUGUGAUUAUUUGAACUGCAGUAGUGCCAGUGAUGCAGCCCAUGGAAAUUUCAUCAAUCAUGGUUCAUCAAAGCUCUACAAGAGCUCAAAUUGCAUGGAUUCAAAGUCUGCAAAAGAUGUGAACUUGAAUGUAGUGCUUUCAAACAGCUCCUCAACCAAGAUGGAUUCCCCGCGAGGCCUGGAGGUCAUUGAUUUAGAAAGAAAUCAUGAGGAUCAUCUUGUGGCUUUGCCUUGGCUAAGAACUAAGCCCAGUCAUAAAGCUGAGGCUAAUAGUGCAGGGGUGGAUUUGAAUACUGAGGGAUUAAGUGACUUGCAAUCUUCUCUGAAUCAGUUGUCAGAUAAGAGUGAAGCUGGAAAGUUUCCUAAUCAAACGGUGAUUCAGAAUUUGAAAUCAGCUGCUUGUUCCAAUGUUGCUGAAGCCGGUAGGAUUGAAACAAGCGACUCCUCAAGCUGCAGAAAAAUUUUUGGCUUCCCCAUCUCUGAAAAGCCACAUAUUUCAAAGAUUGAAUCUUCUUCUCUUACCUCCCCUUGUGUUUCCCUUCCUCAGCCAUCUGAAGAAGUAGAAAAUAACAGGAAAAGUAGGGUACUUGAUAUUAACUUACCUUGUGAUCCAGCCAUUCUUGAUUGUAUUCAACAGGCUGCAACAGAAGUUUUGCUCAUAGAAAAAGAAAUUGACACACAAGUUGCCAAUGUCAGACAUGAGAUUGAUUUGAACUCAUGUAUAACUGAGGAUGAAUCUUCUUUGAAGCCUUCUCUUCCAGGAUCAAAUGUGAAGAUUAUUUCGGGAAUAGAUUUGGAAGCCCCUGCAGUUCCAGAGACUGAAGAGGAUAUGAUUCCUGGAGAAGGAUGUCUAGAAAAGGCUCAUGAAGCACCUUCACAAUUAUCACAGCACAACGCUGAAAGUCUGCCAGAUGAAUUUGUCAGAAUAGCGGCGGAGUCAUUAGUUGCCAUCUCUUUGACUGGCCACGGCAACCAUUGGGAUGAUGCUUCUUGCACUCAAUCAGAAACUUCUACGACAGAUCUUCUUCAUUGGUUUGUGGAUAUAGUUUCCUCUUUUGGAGAGGAUCUAGAGAGCAAACUUGCUGUUUUGGGAGCUGAGGAGGAUGGUCAGGAUAAUGAGGGGUCAUCUUUGGAAGAUUACUUCGAGUCUAUGACCUUGAAAUUGACAGAGACUAAGGAAGAAGAUUACAUGCCCAAGCCAUUGGUUCCAGAAGAUCUGAAAUUGGAAGAAACAGGAACAACUUUAUUACCAACUAGAACCCGAAAAGGCCAUGCAAGAAGAGGAAGGCAGCGGAGGGACUUUCAAAGGGACAUUCUUCCAGGACUUGCUUCACUGUCAAGGCAUGAGGUAACAGAAGAUCUCCAGACAUUUGGAGGGCUGAUGAGAGCAACUGGCCAUCCCUGGCAUUCAGGAUUAACGAGAAGGAACACUACUAAAAGUGGGUGUGGGAGGGGGAGGAGGCGUGCACUGGUUAGUUCCCCUCCUGCUGUAAUAGCAAACCCACCUUGUACUCCCCUAAUACAGCAGCUUAAUAAUGUUGAAGUGGGACUAGAGGAUAGAAGCCUAACAGGGUGGGGGAAGACGACUAGACGUCCCCGCCGGCAAAGAUGCCCUCCAGGCAAUCCUCCUGCUCUCGCUUUGACCUAAUCUUUGGAAGAAGCUUCGGUUUAUCAAUCAAGAAUAUUGUAGAGGAAACUGCAGAGAUUCAUUCCUAAGGCUGUGGAAAUUGAGGUUGUUGUGAGCCAUUGGGGAUUCCUUGUACAUUUCUUAGCCCAUAAUCUGGGUCCCCUUGAUUAUCUGUGUUGGGUGGUUAACAACUUUGUAUUAUUAUUCAUAAAUAAUGUUGCAUGAUUUCUUCUUGGGUGGUUAACAACUAGCAUUCCUUUGGUUGUGCAUCCAGCAUUUCUGUAAUCAUUAUAGAUGCUGGGAAAGCUGGGUUUUAUGUCCCCAGAAUUAUUAUAAAUGGUUUAGAUGGA